CACUUACACAUAAUAACUCUGCCUUUUCAUCUCUCUUCUUUUUCUGUCUAUCUCGUCUCCCCUCUCAUCUCCCCUCAUCACCUGCAAACCAAAAAGGGAGAAGCUCAAACUUUUGGUUCUAAGCAACAUCACCACCAAGAUCGGGAAGAGAUACUCUUCAUCCUCUCUUCAACUGAGCUACUAUAGGAGAAUUUUGAACUUCUGAUUCAGGUUUUGGUUGGAGUUCCAAAAGAUGUAGCGGUUCAAUAAGAGGCUUCAAUUCGUCCUUGGUGAGGUUUCAAUUUGUUUGGGUUGUCUCACAAUCUCUCACUGAAAGAAAGUUUUUUAUUUUUUUUUUGGUGAGACGCUGAAAGAAAGUUUCAAUGGCCCAAACAAGAUGAGGUUGAACCACACCCUUCUUUACCACCCCCAGAAUCCAGUAAUGGCAGCAAAAACUGGAAAGACAAAGAUGAUGAGACUUCUACGAGAUGAUAAUGCAGAGGAUCAAGAUACUCAAAGACAGGCAGAGAGAAUUGAUAUGGACACACAUUCUCAGAUUAUAUCAAGAAAGUGGAAACAAGGUUGUCAAAGAAGAUCAAGAAGGUUGAAAGAAGCAUCUCAGCUUUUGUUGAUCGAACAGAAUCUGCCUUUUUUUGCUUGGUUGAUUGGGUAUUGCUGUGUCAAGCGUGAAGGUAAUCAGAUGCAGUCUUCCCUUACAAAGAUCAUGUCUUUACUAGCUGAUACAGAAGUAUACUUUGGUCAUGAAUAUACAUUGAGUAACUCUAAGUUUGCCUUAUCUAUUGAACUUGAGAAUGAGGCACUUCAGUCCUAAGCAGCCCGUGUCACACAUCUUCGCAGCAAAGGCGUGCCUACGCUUCGUGCUUGUGUCAUUUUGUCAUGUUGCUCAUGGGUAGUGUGGCUUUUGAUGUGGGAGUAUUGUAUGUAGCUUCUUGAAACAAGUUGAUGUGGUGGCAGAAGCAGAAGAAAAAAAGAGGAGCAGUUAUCACACACUGAAAUCUGUGUGAGAAAGUCUCAUUACUCACAGAUUAAAAUCUGUGGGUAAUUGUUGUUUUGCUAGUACUGGGUGUAGUCAGAUAUUUUCACCCAAUUUAAUUGUACCUAGCUUGAUUGAUG